AUGCCAGUUCAGCAUUCUUCUGUAGAACCCGCUCUGUGGCAAGCUGAGCGUUCUUGCGUAGAUCCAUGCCAAGUGGCAAGCUCAGCAUUCUUCUGUAGAACCACGCUCUGUGGCAAGCUGAGCGUUCUUAUAUCCAUGCUAAGAGGCAUGCAUUCCUCAUGGACCACGCUGGCAAGCUCGUUCUUAUGCAUCCAUGCUAAGGGCAAAACAGCAUUCUUCUGUAGAACCACGCUCUGUGGCAAGCUGAGCGUUCUUAAGAUCCAUGCUAAGUGGCAAGCUCAGCAUUCUUCUGUAGGACACGCUCUGUGGCAAGCUGAGCGUUCUUAUAUCCAUGCUAAAUGGCAAGCUCAGCAUUCUUCUGUGAACCCGCUCUUUGGCAAGCACGUUCUUGUGGCAAGCUCAGCGUUCUUAUGUAGAUCCAUGCGUUCUUAUGUGAAGCUGGCAAGCUCAGCAUUCUUCUGUGGAACCCCCGCUCUGUGGCAAGCUGAGCGUUCUUAUGUAGAUCCAUGCUAG